AUGCGGACCACCCAGGACACAGGCGAUCAGGGGGGUGUGACCGACACCGAAUGCCUCAUUGUCGGGUGUGGUCCUUCGGGAGCAUCUCUGGCGUGCUUCCUGGCGUCCUAUGGCCUGGAAGGCAUCAUGAUAGGAGCAGCGCCCGGCACGGCCAACACGCCCCGCGCACACAUUACCAAUAUGGCGGCCCUGGGUAACGUGGCUGACGGAUGGGACGCAGAAUGCUUGCGCGACAUUGGACUUGAUCGAGACAUUCUGCAAGUCGCCUCCAAGGGUCAUUGCAUGGUACACACCCGAUGGUGUCACAGCAUGGCGGGUGACGAGUUUGCGAGGCUCUACUCAUGGGGCAACGAUCCCGCGCGAAAGGGCGACUAUGAGACGGCCAGUCCAUGCGAUCCCGUGGACGUUCCCCAGACUCUCCUCGAGCCUGUUCUAAUCCGGCACGCCUCCCACAACGGCUUCAAAGUCACCUUCAACACGGUUCUCUUGUCUUUUAGCAAAGAUACGGCGACUGGCUUGAUAACUGCUGUAGUUCGCGACAAGAUCUCCCAGUUGGUCUACCGGAUCCGAACCCGCUACCUGUUCGGGGCAGACGGAGCCCAGAGCGAGGUUGUCAAGCAGCUUGAACUCCCCCUGUCCCGGAAACCAAGUCAGGGACUUGCCAUCAACGUGUUGGUCAAGGCGGACCUCUCCCACCUGGUCGACUCUCGCCGAGGUAAUCUUCACUGGAUCAUGCAGCCGGACCUCGAACAUCCCGAGUUCGGUUGGCUGGGUAUUGUGCGCAUGGUUAAACCGUGGGAUGAGUGGAUGUUUAUCUUGUUCCCUAACCGUGAUUGGGAUACCAAGGGUCAGCCGACAAGCGAGCAAUAUCUCGAGCGCAUCCGCCAGUUUAUUGGAGAUGACACAUCCGCUGAGAUCUUGAACACGUCCAAGUGGUUCAUCAAUGAGAUUGUGGCCGAAGAAUAUUCGCGCGGCAACGUAUUCUGCUUGGGUGAUGCCGUACACCGUCACCCUCCGAUGAAUGGCCUGGGAUCCAACACAUGCAUCCAAGAUGCCUUCAAUCUGGCCUGGAAGAUCGCCUACGUCCACAACGGCUGGGCUUCCUCUGCACUCCUCCAGACUUAUAGCCAGGAGAGGCAGCCCGUCGGAGAGUCCAUCAUCACGCGGGCUAACCAGGCCUUCCGCGACCACACCGAUAUCUGGAAUGCCAUCGGCGCUCUGCCCUCUGAUGAUGUCGAAGCUCGGCGUCGCAUCCUGGAUGAACUCAAGUUGGCUACUCCCGAAGGAGAGGCAAGGCGCAAGCUCUUCCACGCAGCCAUCAAGAAUUCGUCUCACGAGUUCCAUGGUCUAGGAAUUGAGAUGAACCAGCACUACUCUGGCGCUGGCAUUUACGGUGCUGAUGAGCCCAGGCCCUACUCACCCACAGGACGUGCGGCAGAGGAUCCCGUGCUAUACCACGAACCCAGCACGUACCCUGGCCGCCGACUGCCACACGUAUGGCUCAACACGACGAUCCCCUCAAAUGCCGUCAGCACGAUAGACCUAGCUGGGGGAGGCAACUUUGUCCUGUUCACCGGUAUAGGCGGCGACUCUUGGAAAACCGCCGCCCAACGCGUCGGGGACUACCUAGGAACCCCUCUCAAGGCCUACUCGAUCGGCUUUCGCCAAGAGUGGGAGGAUUUCUACUUUAGCUGGCAGGAGGUCAGGGAGGUUGAGGAUUCAGGGGCCGUUCUAGUCCGUCCGGAUCGAUUUGUCGCCUGGCGAGCUCAAAAGGUUCUACCUAGCGAAGAUGAAUGCGUGGAAAAGCUGUGCACCGUGAUGCGGAGCAUUUUGGGCUUCACUUCAUGA